AUGCAUUUAUUACAGGCUUCAAGCCUACUUCUGCUGCCUGCAGCAUUAGCAGCUGAUGUUCUCAGAACCCAAGGCUUCAGCACUUGCUUGGACAAUGCACAAAUUAGAGUCAACAAGAUGGAUAUUGAAUACGACAAGGCAUCUAAUCAAGUCACUUUCGACGUAUCCGGAACUAGCGAAAAGGAACAGAAGGUGAUAGCUACGUUGGUCGUUUCCGCAUAUGGGAGGGAGGUAUACCAAAGGGAAUUCGACCCCUGUGAUGAGGCUUCCAAAGUGGAUCAAUUAUGUCCAGUCCCUGCGGGCACGUUUUCUGCCAAAGGCUCGCAAUCAAUACCAAGCAGUUUUACCGACAAAAUACCCCCGAUUGCGUUUUCCGUUCCGGACUUGGAAGGCGAAGGAAAGUUAGAGCUCAAGGCUAAAGAAGGUGGUCAAAAUCUUGCUUGCAUCGAGUCUACGGUAGGCAACGGAAAAUCGGUGGACGUCCCUGCUGUUUCCUACGUUGCUGCUGGUAUCGCGGCAGCCGCACUUGGUUUAUCAGCCUUGGGUGCUUUGUCCGCUUCCGGCCAGCCCGGAGCGUCUACACCGAGUCCUAGCUUUACCGAAAUCAUGUUUUGGUUCCAAGGAAUGGCUAUGAACGGAAUGCACUCGGUCGACUAUCCACCAAUCUACCGGAAAUUCGCGAAAAAUUUUGGCUUCAGCACUGGCUUAAUCCCAUGGGGCUCAAUGCAGACAUCGAUUGAUAAUUUCCGGCAAUCAACAGGUGGCAAUUUGACCGAAGACAGCUAUGAAUACCUUAGGAAUGCCACCCUCGUCUACGGCGACGGAUCUACCGCUAAUACCACCAACGAUCUGGCAAGACGAGGAUGGGAGCUUGUCAUCCGUCAAGUCGAGACGACCGUCAAUGGGACGGACGAUUCAGGUAACUCGACUUCCAAUACUCCUAAGUUCGUGAGUGGUAUUCAAGGAUACGUUGAGCAAUAUUCAGUGCCAGAAGCCAACACAUUCAUGACGGUGCUGUUGGUGUUUGCGAUUGUGAUCGCUGCGGUGGCUGUUGGAAUCCUUCUCUUCAAAGUCAUUCUCGAGGCAUGGUCGCUGUUUGGCAAGUUCCCCAAGAAGCUCACCACCUUCCGCAAGGAGUAUUGGAGGAUCAUGGCUCAGACGAUUACUAAUUUGAUCUUCCUCCUUUAUGGUGUAUGGACAUUAUACAGUAUUUUCCAGUUCACGCGUGGAGACUCGUGGGCUGCUAAAAUCUUGGCCGGUAUCACUCUCGGCGCCUUUACCGGCAUUUUGGGAUACUGGACGUUCCGCAUCUGGCAGGUUGCAAGAAGAUUCAAGAAAAGUGAAGGAGAUGCGGGUGCCUUGUACGAGCAUAAGGAAACCUGGAAGAAGUACAAAAUCUUCUACGAGAACUACAAGCGAGGAUACUGGUGGCUCUUCAUACCAGUAAUCGUUUACAUGUUCGCCAAAGGCUGCGUUUUGGCUUCUGCAGACGGCCAUGGCCUCGUUCAGACUGGCGGUCAACUCUUCAUCGAGGUAGUCAUGCUUGCGCUUUUAGUGUGGAGCAGACCCUACGACCGGAAGUCCGGGAACUGGAUCAACAUCGUGAUUCAAAUUGUACGGGUGCUCUCGGUUGUCUGCAUUUUGGUAUUCGUCACCGAACUCGGCAUUGCCAAAACAACCAAGACGAUCACCGGAGUCAUCUUGAUCGCCGUUCAGUGCACCUUGACUGUCAUUCUUGCCAUCCUCAUUGCAGUCAAUGCCAUCAUUACUUGUGUCAGGGAGAACCCUCAUCGAAGACGCCGUAAGGAGGCAGAAAACCUUCGGGAUCUGGACGACCUCACACCACUCGAUGGACGGACUUCGAUCCUCAUGCAACCAACAGGUUACAAAUCACAGGGGCAGAAGCGCAUGUCCAGCUCUCUUGGACCGGGCGUGUACGAGCCUUACCGAGAACGAGGUCUUGUGUAUCAGGACUCCAACAGCAAUCUCAUGAAAGGAGCCGCACCUAUUGUGCGUGAACGCAGUCGGGAUAGUUAUGGCAGUUACGACAGCCGAUCACCGCCUCCUGUGGGUAGGCAAGCAACGUUACCGACGGUAGACCUAGACGGCCGAAGAUACUCGGCAAUUGCUCGGUGA